GAACCUUUAUUUUAUUUUAUGACUUAAAUAUUACUGGCAACACAGUUAAAAUGGCUGACGGCCGUGGUUUACUUUUCUGACAAGAAAAAUCUUAAAAUUAGGAUUUCCUUUAGCCUUGACUAUUUAAUUGUUUCUUUGUUUCGUCGACAUUUAUAAUUUCCUGAUUCAGCUUGAAAAUGGUCAAGAAAAAGAAAGCUAGUGAUCCCACCGAGAACGGGGACGAUUCGACAGAGUCCUGCGAUGAAAACGUCAAAUCCGCAUGUCCUCAUAUUGCAAAAUCUGUGUUCCUGGUUAAAUUGAAGAAAUGUCUGAAGGCUGGUGGCUUCGAGAAAGAAUGUUCGGAGUGCAAGGCAAUGACAAAGACUGAAGUAUGUGACCCAGAUUUCGAGGAAGAUCUCACACUGUGGAUGUGCUUACGUUGUGGUUCUCAGCUGUGCGGGCGGGCGCGAAACAAGCACGCCCUAGAGCACUACAAGAAGGCCCACUCUGACCCACACUCUGUCACAGUAAACACUACAACAUGGGAGGUACAUUGCUAUGAUUGUGACAAUGAAGUGCCAGUCUCCAGCUCCAGAAAACUGAACGAAUGCAUUGAAUUCCUAAAGAAACAAGUCGUUGUUGAGAAACCAAAGCCCUUGCCUCCUAUAGAACUGUACUUUGAGAGCCGCAAAGUAGACUUAGGACUGCCAGUAGAAAAUCUAAUUAAAACUGAUAAACUUAAGGAUAAAGCAACAUCAAUGAACCUGCCUAGAGUAAGAGGACUCACCAAUUUAGGAAAUACAUGUUUUUUCAACUCUGUUAUGCAAUGUUUAGUUCAGACUCCCUAUUUAUUACAAGUCCUACAGGAAAUGGCUACUCCUGGAGAGAGAUUCACUCUUCCCGGAGGAAAGUUGAAGUUGAAGGUUGACGGGGAUGCUGAGGGGAAGGAAGUGGAUCUCCCGCCGAUCACGGGACAGCUUGCGGAGUGGGGCACCCUGACCCGUACCUUGGCAGAGACGUUAGCAGAAUUGCAAGCAGGUGAAGGCGGAGUGUACACCCCCCGCAAACUGCUAUCAGCGCUGGUGAAUAAGCUGCCUCAAUUUGACGGCGGGGAGCAACACGAUGCCCAUGAGCUGCUGAGGCAUUUGCUGGAGGCCGUCAGAUCGGAAGAUCUACGCCGCUACCAGUCCGUGAUUCUUAGUAGCCUGGGCAUGAGCUCCAAGGUAGACCCUGCCAAGGUUGAUGGGGAGGUCAAGCAGAAGGUCAAGUUUUAUGGUCAACAGGCCUCCGACACCAUGCUGAGGCCAGAACAGGUGUUCCGCGGGUUCCUUGUGUCCACACUGGAAUGUCAAGACUGUUUCAACCAAUCAGACCGAGCGGAGUAUUUCCUGGACCUGUCUCUUCCGGUGGCCGCUUGCAGGCCCCAGCCCCCCGCUGUGUUGAGAAGGAAAACGCCUAAUGAUGAAAAUACGUAUAACACACAAGAAGAGAACAAACCUUCAAAACACCAACUGAAGAAGGAGAAGAAGCGGAGAGCUCACCGCAGGAACACUAGUGGUCACGCUGCUCCCAAAGAGGAGUCUCCAGCCGCGGAGGCCGGCACCAACGGCGCCAAAGACGACGGCAAGUCCUCCUCCGAGCAGUCUGACGCUGACGUGGAGGACAACCUCGAAGACGUGCCCAGGCGCAACGACACCCACACCAGCUCCGUGGGCAGCCAGGCCAUCGCCCACACUGCCUCCAACUUCGCAGCGUACCACAUGAGCGACUCCACGUACAACUACGAUAAACUCGGGAACACAACUCACAGCACCUAUCGCACUAGUCCGGUCGAUCUCGAUAAAGAAAAGAAUGAUAACACUCCGGAAUGUGCAGAUAAAGAUAAAUGCGUAACACAACCGCCUCCGCGAUUCCCGACUUUGCAGCUCCCGUGUGAUUAUAAAAGAGAUAAUGCCGAAGACAAUGAUAAUGUUGAUACAAAACCUGUUUCGGACACGGCGUCCAAUUUCGCCGCUUACCAUCUCACUUACGACUUGAAGGAAAAGAGCGACAAUACUCCGGAAAAUGCCGAUAAAGUGGAGUUGGUCGAUUCGUCAACCUCCACUGUGGCUAUACCCUUAGAAUACAAACCUCUCAUAUCUCUUGAGAACCUGUCCAACCCUGACUCGGGCGUUGCGAGUCCUGAAACCACGAAACAUAAUUCAACAGAGACCGUGGACAAUGUGGACUCUCCGAUCAACGGUAAAGAACUUGGCAGUCAUAGUUCUCUAUCGAGCGAAAUAAACCUCGAUCUGUCGAGCCCGCAACACAAUAACUUGUCGCCGGACAAAGACUUUGAAACACCAGAGUCUGAAGCGGCCGGCACUAAGCCUACUCCUAGAACUGAAUUGGAAAGGCCGGCUUCGAGAAGAUCUUUUGCUAUGGAAUAUUCAAACGAAGUCGUCUCUAGAGGCAUCAGUGUUCAAGGAUGUAAGAAUGUGCUGGAACAUAGCGGAGAAAGCAGUUACGAAUCCUUACCGGAGAAUAAGAACUUAGUGAUCAAUGAUUUGCAUAAUUACUACCAAAACAUCGCUAAUAAAGUGGACGAGUUGAAGCUUAUUAUGGAGGAUUCUAAAAAUUCGAAGGCCCAACCCUCACAGCCGUCUCCGGUGGCAGCUGAACCAGAGCCCGAACGGGGAACAUCUGCUCGGACCACGUUCAGACCAAGGACCACAGCUUUGGAACCUAAAGUCUAUAACGUGGACGUCAACAAAAAGGAGACCAACACUAAUGAUUAUUUAUACUCCAGACCGACUCUCUCUUCACCUUACGUAUGCGAGGAAGACGAGUGCAGCAUCCAGUCAUGCCUGAGCCAAUUCACAGCUCUAGAACUCCUAACAGGGAACAAUAAAGUCGGAUGCGACAACUGCACAGAGAGAAUUAACGGCAAAGAUGGCAAGACCGUAUACACUAACGCGACCAAGCGCUUCUUAGUGUCCAGUCCGCCCGCGAUCUUGAUCCUCCAUCUCAAACGGUUCCAAAUAGGUCCGCGGUGCAUGUUCAGGAAGAUGUCCAAACACGUCGACUUCCCGACCAUAUUGGACUUGGCGCCGUUCUGUGCAAUGGACAAGUUGAAGAAACUGCCGAAUGUCGCGCGCGGGCAGAACGAACUUUUGUAUUCGUUGUACGGAGUGGUGGAGCAUUCGGGGGGGAUGCACGGGGGGCAUUACGUGGCGUACGUGAAGGUGAGGCAGCCGGUGAGGGCCGGGGACCCCCGCUGGUGGUUCCUGCCCAAGAGCGCCAACAUCCCGGCCGCCAGCGCCAACGGAGACGGCGACGCCGACUCGGAGUCCGACCUGUCCGGGUACGAGUCCGGGGAAGGCCCGGGCUCCGCCGCAGAAGCGCCGUCCGGCAAGUGGUACUAUAUAUCCGACAGUAUGGUCACAGAAGUGACCGAAGAUAAAGUGUUGAACGCACAGGCAUAUCUCCUUUUCUACGAGAGGAUCUACUAACAACGCCCGCCCGCUCUCCUUGCCGUGUGCGCUGAAUGGCCUAACAAUUUGUGUUGGAGUGGCAUUUAAGUGGAAGACUGAAGCUUAGAAUGGAUAUAAUACGUAGAGAGGAUUGCGUGACGUCAUUAUAUGCAUGUUCCGCCAGUCCUGUAAAUAGUUUUGAAAUUUCAUUUAUUGGCUUUGCGUUUUAAAUUAAUUAUAUUUUAUCGCGAUGUAUGACUUUGAAUAUCGUCCCAUUUCGAAUGUGCGGUUUGUUACGUUUUCAUUUUCUGAUCUUUUUCCUGAGGUGUGUACUUUGAGUCAAUCGGAAAAAGGCGAAAUAUAUUGUCAUCAUUAAAUUGAGAAAUUCCUUUGAUGAAAUUUUGACACACUACAACAGCUAAUAUUAUCAAUUAAACCUAAAGAUGCACACAACAGGAAAAAUAAUAAAAAAUAGACCUGUUCAUGUACAGAUAACAAUGAAGUUCCUGCAUCUAAGAAGCUUUCUAGAAAGGAUUAAGAUAACAUGUUCUAUUUCAUUAUACAUAAUAAAUUUAGUUCCCUUAGACCAAACCAAAUCUAACAAAAACAAGCGUCACAAAGUUAAUAUAUUUUGGCACCAAAAACUGGCUCCAGCCUGUAUUGCAUCUCUACAGCCAUUUUGAGGGUCAAAUUGUAUGCACCUGUUUAUAACACGCAGAUUUUAUAGUAAUGACCGAUUCGUGUGAUUCUAUGGAAAUGCCACUUAACUUAGUUUAGUUUUCGUUAACUUUGAUUAAUUUGUAUCAGCAUAAAGUCGAUUUUUGAGUUGCGCCAUUUUUUUUUCAUCCCCAAUUUCACAUUAUCGCAUGCUCAUUAACCGUUAUGACGAUGAUUUAACUGAAUAACCUAAAUCAAAGUUUUGUCACACGUUGAAAGUAUUAUUAUUUCAUACAUAUUAAGUAAUUCCUCACAUAAGAAAUUGAUUAAUUCAUUUAAUCUAUACUUCUGUAAUGACAAGUCCAUCAACUUAAAAACAUAAACUCGCUAUAGAAAACAGAGGCGUGUGUCAUUUGCGCCGUACCCUCCUUAAUGCGUUGUCAGUAUCAUUAUGUUAAUAUAGUAAGUUAAAAAUGUAACAAUCGGUGCGCACUAGUUAUAAUUUGGUUGUGUCGUUCAAUUUCAAUGGUGGUCUUCCAUUGGAUAGUCAAGCACGCAGUAUACAUACAUAGGUAGAUUUCGAUUUUAAACCAUAUGGAGUAUGAAAUGAUUUGUCUGAAUUUAUUUAUUUAUACGUAACUCGCGUUUUAGUCAAUUAUUGAACUUCGCAUCCGCAGUUAAAAAGUUUGUAUCUAUAUAUUUGAAGAAGUCUGUGUUCAUGUAUCUUUCGAUUUGUCUAAAUUGGACACUUAAUGAAAAGAAAGCAAUACAACAGUAUUUUCAAGCCAAUGCUUUGUUUUUUUAUAUAUAAAUUUUUGCUUAUCCCGAAGAAUUUGUAAUUGCUUCAUUUUGAUUAACAGAACUUCAAUUUAGAGAUUUCACUUCGUGAGAUUUUUAAGUAAACGCAAAUAAUACCUGAAUGCGUGCUAUGAUGUAAUCUGAGGGUGGAUUUUUCUAAUCUCUGAUAUCUGUCAACUAAUGUGACAAUUUUUUUCAACAAUUAAUACCUUUAUGAAUGUCAUCUUGAGUAUAUCUUGAUUAUGAAAAAUCCGCUUAGAAAAAUACUAUUGGAUUAUUUAAUUCAAGAAAAUAUCUUGCGGAUGCGUUGAAUUUAUGAUAUUUACAUAUUUUCACAAUUAUGUAUUAUGAAUAUUAUGAUUUUGUAAUUUUCUAUGUAUAAUUUGCUUCAAGGCACAGAAAUUGUACAUACAUAUUUAUUUGACCAUUCGCUUCAUGGGAUGGUAAUAAUUUUCAUGUUUUAAAGAAAUUGUUAUUUUAAAUCGUGGUUAUUGUAAUCCCUAUUUAGAUUUAGGGUUGCCAUGCAUAUACGUGAAUUUUUGAAGAAUAUUUGUCAAAACAAUAAUUUUACUACAUUACAUAGAACUUAACAGUUUGUAUAACUAUUUUAUUGUUAUGGCAAAAGAAACUUAAGCGUAAUAGUAAUUAUGCGUGUCAACCCUAAUCGACUUAAUUACCAUGCAUUAUUUUAAUGUAGAUUUAGAUUUUGUAAAGCCAUGAUAACUUUGAUCUUGAGUUUCAGUUAAGUUUUAAUUAUGUAUUGUUUAUUGCGAGUUCUCAAUUUUGUUGCUUUACCCGCGUGUAACUAAUCGUCGGUGUAGGGUCGAAGCUGGCAACACUGGGUUAUGAGUACUAAAGUUCUCUAACUCUUAUUUACUUUCGAUUAUUCUUAUUUGCUUUUUUUUGAUACAUGCGUUUCUCAAGCGUAAAUAACAAUUUGAAACUGCUGAAGCCGUACAUAUUUAAUGUAUUUCCUUGGGAUAUAAAUUUUCUUUCAAUAUUAUUGAUGACUCGUCCAUUUUAUGGAGGAUUUUUGAUGGUUAGUUAUAAUUAAACUUUGAGUAAAACUUAAAUACUAUAUACCUAAAUACCAUCUUAUAGAGAGCCUUAACGUUUCUCGUACUAAUAUAUCGCCCAGUGUUGCCAUGCUUCAACGUCAGUUGUUUGCAUUUGUCGAUAGAAUUGUACCGUGAGUUAGCCUGUGUUAUAUUAUUAUUUGAUAACUUUUGUACAUUGAAUUCAACUACUGCAUUAUAAACCAGGUGUAUUUAAAUAAAAUAUAGUCUUAAAACGUCAA